UGCCAUCCCUAACACCCGAAUUGUGCAACACGGAAAAUUGACAAAAUUUUCAGUUUUCAAAUUAUCUGCUCAAUUCAAACGCACACAAACUCCGGAAAAUAACCAACCGACACUUACCCCACGGUUUGGCUUAACUCGCGCCGCUACGCGAUUAAUUCAACUGACUCGACCCGAGCAUACGAAGGAGUGGAAAUCAAAUGCAAGUCACACACAGGGUUAUCCGUUGUUUAGAAUGAAUUGAUUUUCCGGACAACUACAUAGCGACAGGUCGGAAAACGGAAAAACAAACAAGCCGGCGAGUUGCCCUUGGCAGCAGGCAAAGAGCAACAGUUCAAUCCACACACAACUCACGCUAGAACCCCAAAUAAUUUCGGCUACACAGUAAACUUCGGCUGGAGAAAUGCUGCUUCAAAAGAUUUUCACCCGCGCGCUUCACUCCACGAGGCAGCUCUACGCCGGAUCUGGCGCAUCCGGAGGGCUGGAGAAGAGUGCCCUGGCGGCCUUGAGGAAGAAGACCGGCUACACCUUCGCCAAUUGCAAGAAAGCCCUGGAGAAGCACAACAACGACGUCGGAUUGGCUGAAAAGUGGCUCCAUGAGCAGGCCCAGACGCUCGGCUGGUCCAAGGCCACCAAGGUCGCAGAUCGAGCCACUGCCCAAGGUCUGAUCGGAGUCCUCAUCCGCGGCAAUCGGGGCGCUAUGGUGGAGCUGAACUGCGAGACGGAUUUCGUGGCCAGGAACGAUACCUUCAAGCGGUUCGUAGACCACGUCGCCUGCAUGUGCCUGCACUACACGGACUUGACGGACUUCGAUGGAGAUCUGUGGAAGCUUGGCUUCGAUGCGGACGCACUCAAAAACUUGCGCACGGAGGAGGGACGCACACUGGGCGACCACCUGGCCCUGCUGAUCGGCGCCAUCGGAGAGAACGCCACCAUCCGACGGGCCCUGUGCUUUAAGGCCAACAACGACCUGAGACUGGUUGGCUACGCCCAUCCGGCACCCACCAAUGUGGGCACCACGGAAGGCAUCACUCAGGUGGGCAAAUACGGAGCGAUCGUAGCCUACCGAUCCACGCACAACCUGCUGGACUUUGAGUUCCACAAGAGCAUCUGCCAGCAGAUCGUUGGCAUGAAGCCGUCGAAGAUCGGCGAGUAUGACAAGGACAAGCCGGCGGAGAACAAGGACGACGAGACGUGCCUGAUUCACCAGGAGUAUCUGCUCGAUGCGGACAAGACGGUGGGCGAGGCCUUGCAGGAACACAACUGCGAGAUCGUGGACUACCAUCGCUUCGAGUGUGGCGAGCAGACGGAACGCAGCCUGGAGGCGAUCAUUCGCUCCCAGCUCCAGAGCAGCAAUUAACUAGCCAUUAAGCAGAGUCUAGAUCACUAAAUUGUUAUUAGCACCAGCUGAAGAUUGUUAAAACCGAAAUUCUGGACAAAGUUCUGGUCAAAAUUUGCAUGUGAAACAAGUAAAACAACCACGACGAUCAGAUCAGA